AUUUCAGGUUGACGGGAGGAGCCACCCGCUGUGCUGGUGGACUGAAUGAAACUCUACAAUGACUGGAAACCAGUGGAUGACCCUUUGUUUGGCUGGGACCUGAGAACAGCAGAUUUAGUGUGUAGACAGUUGGACUGUGGAUCCGCUGUGUCAGCAAAAAUCAAGGACAAUCGCUCCGUAAGACAUGUAUGGAAAAUAAAUGCUUCCAGUGUUCUGUCGGCAUCUGCACUGAGAGACUACAAAUCAGUGACGCCCCAGAAUUCCUCUACCAGCUUGGAGAUCACCUGCUCAGAUUUGCUGUUUCAGCCAAUGAUCUCUGUCUCUCCCUCUAUCGAUGGGAUCUACGAGUCCUCCAACUUCACCAUCAGCUGCUCCAUUAAACCACAGUACCCAGGAGGCUCUUUCCAGCUCACCUUCAACACAUCUAACACAGCAAACGUCUACACCCAGAAAGCUGUGAAUCACACUGCACACUUCCUGUUUCCUGCUGCAAACCAUGGACACCAAGGGAACUAUAGCUGUUCCGUUUUCUCUCAUAAAUUCUCCUCAGUGAGCCAGCCACUCUAUCUCAGUAUCUCAGCCUCUCCAACAGUUUUCAUCGUAAGACUUGUUGGCCUGCUGCUGACCUUGGCAUUGCUUCUUUCUGCCAUUGGUCUCCACAAAAUGACCACCAGGGGGCAGGAGUCAGGACGCCAGGAGAACAUUGAGCUUGACUAUUGCAACCUGCAUCCAGAGCUGAAGGUGGGCCAAAUGAAGAGGAUGUGACUCAGGGAACAGAUCUUUAAAGAGCUAUUCUUUCAACUAUAUCAUUUAACUAUGCUUUUAAAAGAGUACAUCACUGAUUGAACAGACUUUGAUGAUGUUUAAAAUCAGUGGACCCCCCCCUCACGCCACAUUUACAGUGUCAUUCUGCGGGAAACACUGACAUUGUUUAAUUUUCAAAUAACACCAUAUUUUUGUAAUACUGCACAUUGCUGCAGCUCCUCUUUUCACCCAGAGUGCUGAAGGAUUCGUUUUAGUUACGGAGUGAUGCAUCUUGCCUCUACAUGAUCUUUGUUGUGAGUUUCACAUGUGCAGUUCCUAGUUAAGGACUACUAAACAGGGCUUCAGUUCUGCUGGAUGUGUUCCCCUUACCAGCUUAGCAACAUGGACUGGAAAAUUGGCGCUUGGCGAGCGUUAUGACGCGCAUUUUACGGAUGCAAGGGAAACGGCUGGACUACAAACGAGCUGUUUUCAGGCAAUUCAUAGCAAUGUUUUCUGUUGGAGAUGGGAAGAUGAGAUGGACUUUUUCACUUAUAACAUAUUACAUGCACAGAAAAGAUGUAACUCAAUAAAGGAGAGGGAAAAGGCAAAAAUACCACCAUGUUAUCAUCAUGUUCAGACUGAAUGUAAAACGCAUACAAGCUUUUAUUUAAUAUGCUUUACUUCAUUAAUUACCUUGAAUAGUUUUUAUUAAAGGAUUUCACUGUU